GAAUCAUCAGCUCCAGAAAAGCCCACUACUUCAACUCGUCUUCGACUUACUAGUACUCACUAUGUCUUCUAUUUACUACUACGAGCCAUCUUACAACCUCGACCGUUUCUUUAACGAGUUCUUCUCCAGGGCUGGGAGAAGCAACCCCUCUUAUGCCGAAGGAGGACAAGCUGUUCAGAGACAAGGUGACGAUUCAGUUUCCCAAUCUCUUAAGCCAAGAAUGGACCUUCACGAGAACACCGAGAAGAAUAUCGUUACCGUGACUUACGAGCUACCUGGGCUCAAGAAGGAGGACGUGAACAUUGACGUCCACGACGGACAAUUGACCAUCUCUGGAGAGACCAAGGUCUCUGAGGAGCAUAAUCAGGAUGGUUAUGCUGUCCGUGAGCGCCGAUUUGGCAAGUUUUCGAGGACUUUGAGACUUCCUCAGGGUGUUAAUGAGGAAGAAAUCAAGGCAUCUCUUGAGAAUGGUGUUCUUACUGUUUCCUUCCCUAAGGCUGGCAAGGAGGCGACGCCCAAGAAGAUCACCAUCUCUUAACAUCUUAUUCACGAACAUACAUGGAGCAUAGCAUAGUCUAGUGUAAUAAAUCAAACUUUUUACCUUG